AUAUUUGACGCGUGAACAUAAAGACUGAUGAUGAUACAGGGUGUUGUACUAACGUGUUUCGUCGCAUUUAUUGCUGCAGAAGUAAAUGAAGAAGAUGGUGUGUUAGUUUUAAACAAAAACAACUUUGAUGAUGUGGUCAAAAGUAACAAGUUCGUUCUUGUUGAGUUCUACGCUCCCUGGUGUGGUCAUUGUAAGGCUCUUGCUCCUGAAUACAAAGAGGCAGCGAGAAAGCUAAAGGACAGUGGCUCUUUGAUCAAGCUAGCGAAAGUGGAUGCUACUGUAGAAGAAGAACUUGCUUCUCAAAACCAUGUUACUGGAUACCCUACUCUGAAAUUCUUCCGAAAUCAGCAACCCAUUGACUUCACUGGUGAAAGGGAUUCUGAUUCUAUCGUAAACUGGUGUCUGAAAAAGUCAAAACCAUCUGUGGAAUAUAUCGAAUCAGUUGACAUUUCCAAGCAAUUCAUUGGUGAUGCGAAAAUUGCAGUGCUUGGUUUCUUCAAAGAUACGGAUACAUCUGAGUUGACAGCUUUUGAAAAAGUGGCUGAUGAGUUGGAUGAUGCUAACUUUGCAGUAGCCAAUGCAAGUGACAUUAUGAACGAGUACGGCAUAACCAGUACACCUAAGAUAGUUCUCUUCAAAAAUUUUGAUGACAAUCGUGUGGACUACACUGAGGAGACCUUGGACAAUUUGAAUCAUUUCGUACGAAUAGAAAGCGUUCCACUUGUGUCGGAGUUCUCUCAGAAAACUGCAAGUAUCGUGUUCGGAAGUCCAAUACAGAAACAUAUCGUCGUCUUCAUCUCAAAGCAAAACGACUACUCUAAAUACAUCGAGGAACUGACUAAAGUUGCACGACAGUUCAAAAACAAGCUUCACCUGAUGGUUGUAGAUGUUGAUUUCGAAGAUAACUUACGUGUAUUGGAAUUCUUUGGUCUCUCAAAAUCUGACCCUCCGACUUACCGAAUUGUUGAACUGGGUGAAGAAACAACAAAAUACAAACCAGAAUCCAAUGAUUUUUCCGCUGCCAGCAUGUCUGAAUUCGUACAAAAAUAUCUUGACGGGAAAGUCAAGCCAUUCCUUAUGAGCCAAGAAAUCCCAACUGAACAGACUGGUGCUGUUAAAGUGCUUGUUGGGAAAAACUACCAGGAUGUCGUUAAGGACAAGUCAAAGGCUGUAUUUGUCAAACUUUGUAAGUGAUAUUUGGUGGUCAUGUGUUUUUGACAGCUUAGCUUUUACAUCCCUGUAGCCUUUCUUGAUGUCAUGCGGUGUUUUUGAUCUCUUCGCUUGAUAUCCACUUUGUUAAAUUGCAGUUGCUGAAUACGAAUUUGCUUUAACUGUGUUGUGAUACAGUUGACUUGUAGAGUGACUGUUGUCUCCUGUUUCAAUAUUCACCGCAGUUCUGACACAUGUUAUCCCCAACAUACAGUUGUCGCUUCUCCAAGUCCCGAUGAUCGGUAUAAGCUUACUUUUCUGCUAUACUUAGUGCAACUGCAUACAUUUGCUCAAGACUUUGGUAACUACUUCCAAUGUAGAACAAACUUUAGAUAUUGGUCAGGUAAUAAUAGUCUGCUGUCAGCCAUUUCAGUGAAGAUUUUCUGAAGCAUUCUAACGGAUUUCAGUGUAACAAUCGUUUGGUGAACGUUGAAGAAAGGCUUCUCGUUUUCUCUGUGAAAACGAACUACUAAUCAUUGACUCAUCAAACUUCAUGAUAUUUUACUCCUUUUUCUCAAAAUAUUCCUAGAUGCCCCAUGGUGUGGCCAUUGCAAAGCUCUUGCUCCAACAUGGGAAGAGUUAGCCGAGGCUUUCAAAAACUCCGAUGAUACGAUCAUUGCCAAAAUGGAUGCUACCUUGAAUGAAGUGGAAGACCUCAAGGUUACUAGUUUUCCAACGCUGAAGUACUAUCCCAAGAACUCUGAUGAGGCCAUUGACUACUCGGGUGACAGAUCCUUUGAAGCCUUAAAGAAGUUCGUGGAGUCUGGUGGUAAAAGCACUGAAUCAGCUAAACAAGAAGAAACAAGGGAUGAACUGUAAAUUAUUUUGUAGAACGCUCUGUUUUCAUUUUUCAUUAUUCUCAUCACUCUUUGCUUUGAAGAUCUGUCUCUUUUUCAUAUGCUGUCAUUGACCGACAAGCAUCUAAUGUUCCUUUUGACCUUCAUGUAGUUAACUGUAGACAUUUGUACUUGUUUCUAAAGCGCUCAUAGCCAGUGCAUUUCUGUGAAUGUCAAGUUCCUUUAUUUGACUUUUAGGUACCUGCGUACCAAUAUAAUUGUUUUUUGGAAAACGAUUUUCAAACCAUGUUUGCUAAACAAAAUUCGUUGUAUUAACUUGU